GAAAUAAUAUUAAUAAUUCAAAAAAUGAGUUCACCUUUAAGCAAUUUGCAGAAGGGAAAGAAGACACCCUUUACUUCUGGGUCCCGUGCAGCUCCAUUUAAACAAAUACACAAACCAGAAAUUGAUGUGCUGAACCAACUGAUGGCCAAUAAUGAUCAUAAUACAAAGAAGACAUCAAAUGUGUCAGCUAAAAGUGCAGGUUUAAUGACCUCUAUGGUUAAUAGAUUAUCAGCAGUUGAAAAAAAGCUUUUAGAGUAUGAAAAUAUUGUUAAAGAAAAGGAUAAACGAAUACGUGUUUUAGAAGAGAAAUGUCAAAUCUACAAAAAAGCGCAAGGUUAUGAAUGUGAUCAAGUUGCAGAACUGGAGAGAAAAUGUCACAAACUACAAAACCAAAUUCACAGUAUGGAGGAUUUUCUUGAGGAUUAUGGGAUGAUAUGGAUUGGAACUAAUAACAGUAGUGACAACGAAGAUGAAAAGGAACGUGAAGAUGAAAUGUCCCAAUUCUUGACUGAGCCCAAAUCUUUGUGGAAUCCUGAUCUAUCUAUUAGUCAUCCUAAAUGCUUUCAUAUGGACUAUGAUUUAGUAUUAAAAAACAUACAAGAAUUGAAUUUAAUAGCUGGGGAAGGUGAACAUUUUGUAAAGCAUACAAAGGAUGGUGCAAGACUUGAGUUAAAGGAACCCAUACCUCUAACACUUUACGCAAAUGGUAUAUACAUGUUUGGAGGCCCAUUCAGACCAUUUGAAGAUCUUACAACACAGGAAUGUAUGCAGGAUAUUAUGGAUGGUUACUUUCCAACUGAAUUGCAAAAAUCAUAUCCUGAAGGUGUCCCAUUUAAGGUUAAAGACAAAAGAAAUAUAUAUUUUAAAGACCAAAGACUUGAAAGAAUAUUUCCUGGUCAAGGUCAUGCCCUGUCGCCUGACAAAGGACACACGGCUCUUUCCGUAUCAACCAACGCAGAUAACUAUAUUGACAAUAAAACAGAAACGAGUAACCAAGGUUAUCGACAAUCAGUAGAUAAAUUUUUAUCAAAUCUUCCCUCAUCUGUUAUUAAAAGUGGUAAGAUUGUAGACAUUCGGGAUGGAUUAAGGGAAACUUUACAGGGCAAUCCGAUCUGUAAAAAUGACGUUAUCAUAUGCGAAACUGAAGCUGUAGAAGAAAUGAAACUUAGGAUGACUUCAUCGAGACAAAGCCGCCCAUCAACUGCGAUUAGCAUUACGACCCUAAGAAUUAAAUCCGAAACUGGGAGUCAGACAUAUGUUUUAAAAAUGAAAUACACACAAACGAUACAAGACGUGAGAAGUCAUUUAGAGAAGAUAAGAGGUGACAAUUUACCGGUCUAUCACUUAAAGACGUCAUUUCCAAACAAGUCGUACGACGAUGUGAAUAAGACGUUAAAAGAGUGUGGCUUAGUGCCUAACGCUACUCUGUACAUGGUCGUUAGUAAAUAAACAGGUUGUUAUUUCAAUGUAUUUGACGAUCACGCAGAUUGGCUUCAUACGAUGACUUGGCUAUGUUAAAAAUUAUUACCGUAAUAAUAAAUUCAGUGUGUCCAUCAGGUUACACUCCAGCAAUGAACAUUUCAUUAUUUUAAACCUCAGUUUGAAACGUAUUUCGGGAUUUCCGGGUGUUUAGUCAACAUAGGAAAUGGAGGUGGUAGAGGAUGUAUUACAAUGUUAAUCGUUUUGUGUAUUACAGUAUUACAUCCCAGCGAAUACAAUAGAGAUAAGGAAAAAAAUAUAAAUAUAUGCGAAAACAGAGAAUUUAGAUGCAUGGUUGUAAUAAAAGUUAUUAAAAAGAAGAAGCCAAUAGUGUAUCUUCCCCACUGUGGAAAAAUUCACUGUGUUGUUUUAACGUGCGUCCGUAUGUCCAUCAUUAGCAUUGUCCCCGGGCAUCUUAUGUCUUUUUUGACGUCGAAACGGACAAAACGCUGGGGACGAGGUGGGUCCAUGAUUUAACUUCGCUCCCAGUGAGUUUAUGCGUGCUAAGAUUUGAUUGUUUGUGCUAAUGCAUAGCAUGGUAUUUUUAGGGUUUCGGUCAUAGGGACCACUGUAUCGUUUUUAAGUUCUUUCCACACUGCUUUGUUUGCUUGUCAUGGGAAGGGUAAUAUUUCUGUUUAGCUUUUUUUUUACUAAUCAAAUUGUACGUAUUUUGAAUACUUAAUAUAUUUAGCUAAUAUAUAUUUUCUUGUGA